CGCUUAAAAUACAGUGCGUUCCGAGCAGUGUUGGAGGUAGGUUGUGUUUUUCUUCGUGCCGUUUCUUCGUGAAUAAGUUUCACGUUGAAUUUUACAAGUAAAAACAAUUUGUUAUCCUCUCAUCCCCUGUGUGUGUACUCACUAAUGUUCGAUUAAAAAAAAAAGUGUGUCGAUACUCUUUCUCUCCCCACCCCCCAAUCAAAUUUUUCGCGUUUGUUUUCUUUAUGAAUUUGUGAGUGUAAGUUCGCGAGUGAUUGACAAUCAUGAGUGUCCUGUCAUUUGUUUCGGUGAUUUUGAUGCUUGGCAUCCCAUCAACAGUUCUUGCUGGUCUCAAAUGCGAUGCUGUCAAACCUUAUUUUGAGACACAUGGAUUUCCUGCCAGUGAUAUUCCCAAGGAGCCUAUUUCAUCGAGGGAAUUGAAGACAUGUGGAGGAAUAAGUAGUGGAGGCGAGGUAUGCUGUUCGGCGGAUAUGGAAUUGCGACUACAAGCAAGAGCUCGAGAUAAACAUGAGAAAGCAACAAGAGACACUCUUCAUCGACUGCAACUAUUGCUCGACACAAGAGGAAAAAGAUUUCACAGUUAUUUUCAAGAUCUCUUGAAGUCGAGCAAAGUCGGAUUUCAUGACAUGUUUAAGAAGACUUAUGGCAUCUUAUACGAACAGAAUUCCUACGUCUUCACGGACCUUUUCAAAGAGCUGGAAAAAUACUACGACACAGGAUCGGUUGACUUGGACGAUGUGAUGGACAAUUUUUUCAAUACCCUUUAUCAGAAAAUGUUUACUGUACUGAAUAGUCAGUAUACUUUCGAUGCAAAGUACUUGGAGUGUGUUGGAAUGCACAUGAAAGAAAUGGGACCAUUUGGAGAUGUGCCUUCGAAAUUAGGAAAUCAAGUUAAAAGGUCAUUUGUCGCCACGAGAGCAUUCAGUCAAGCUCUCAAUGUCGCGGCCGAUGUCCUGAAAAAUAUGCAAACGCUAAAACCAUCAGCCGAGUGUGCUGCAGCAUUAACGAGAAUGACGGCCUGUCCGUCCUGCAGCGGGAUUCCUGGCAAUGUUUUGGCGUGUAGUGACAUGUGCGCAAAUGUGAUGAAGGGCUGCCUCGCACAUCACGCAGCACUUGACGCUGAAUGGAAUCAUUUUGUCGAGGCUGUCAAUAAUGUCGCCGAUCGACUCUUGGGUCCAUUUAAUAUUGAAAUGUUGGUGCGGCCGAUAAAUUUGAAAAUUUCCGAGGCUAUAAUGAAUUUUCAGGAGAAUAGUCACGAGGUUUCGCAAAAAGUAUUUGCUGGCUGUGGACGUCCCCAAUUGGGGCGACGCAGAAGACGGAGUAAAGACAUUGAUUUGGAGCCAUUGAAUUAUGAUGAAAAUUUAAUGUCGGAAGAUCGUUCCUCAACGGCGGUGAUGCUUGAUAAAUUGGUGAAGGAGAUCAAACAGAAAAUCAGAGAUUCGAAACAGUUUUGGGUUUAUUUACCGUAUCAGCUGUGCAAUGAUGGUCUGGUGGUUCCUCCCAGUAAUACGAAGGAAUGUUGGAAUGGCACACAUGUAGAUAAAUACAUAUAUCCAGUGUCUUCGGAUGGUGAGACGCAAACCUUAAAUCCAGAAGUGAGAGAAGGUGGUCCCAGGCCCGCAAUAGUUAGAGAACAACUAUUUCAACUAACGACCAUUACGAAUAGGCUACGCUCUGCCUACAAUGGUCACGACGUUGAUUGGAUCGAUACAGAAGAAUCGUGGUAUGGAUCCGGAAGUGGUUCUGGAGACAAUGCCGAGGAAGAUCCAAUAACAGAUGACGAGGACGGUUUCAGAGAGGAAGGUUCGGGCUAUGAUCAGGAGCCAGUUCCCGAAGUUCCGAAGAAUAAUUUACCUCCCAUGGUUCAUAAGGAUAUCACACCUCGAGUGGAUAUUGAACCGAAGACGCCGAGUGUCAACAAAACAUCGUCCGUUGACAGUGGUGCGCCGAGGCAGAAGAUGUCGCUAUCGAGGGCAUUGGCGACGUAUCUUUUCCCAAUAGCUGUUAUGUGGUUUGGCGGUUGUCUUACCGAGUGGCUGUGAUUUUGUGGAUUUUAAAUUCACAUAAUAUUGUGUAAAUAUAUAUUUUUUUUUAUUUCGAACUAUUUCGUUUCGAUCUGAUCGAGAAAGCGGACCGUGUACUCAGUUGAUUAAAAGUGAAUCGACAAAAGUGAACUCGUCGAAAUUGAAGUGCCAGUGAAUAAUCCUUUUUUUUCGCGGGGGGAAAAACGACAAGAGCUGGCUCAACAAAUUUGUGAAGCGCUUCAAUAUUAUAUAUACUCGAUUUCCAAAGUAAAAAAACUUGAGACGAUAAUAAUGGUACUCCGUUGAUUCUCGUGAAAAUCGUUAACUUUAUCUGACGAAACUGAGUAUACGAAAAGCAAAAAAAAACGGGACUGAAUAUUUAUUAAGCGUUCGUUGUGUAUUGUAUAGUUCUUGAAGCGACGCUUGCUGGAGAAAAAGGAAAUCGAGAGAUAGAAACUUUCUCGUCAAACUGCGACAAUAAUGCACAAUUUAAAAAAAAUAGACAAAAAAAAAUUCUAAUGCAUUGACAGAAUUUCGAGUUUGUUUCUAAUCGAUUUCAAAUUUGUAAAUAAAUUUCGAAGGAGAACUACGAAUCGUUCCCGAAAUCUUUGGAAGUAUUUUAAAUUUUUUAAAUAAUAAAUAAAUUUGAAAAGUACUGAAAUUUCGAAAAACGAUUACAGCAUCAAAUGCGGUAGAUUCCCUCAAAUAGUAGAUAGUUUUAUUUAAUCGACUCGUAAAUUAUUCUUCAAAAGUAUUUUUAAUUUGCUGUUUUUAAUUUUAAUAAAAUCCGACGAUUUUCCAAAAAAAGAAAAUCCAGUGAUUCAAAAACAAGAAAAGAAAAAGUCCAGUGAAUUUUAGAAAAAGUAAUAUAUAGUAUAUAUAAGAAUCAUUCGUAACUCUCCUUCUUUAGUCUUUAGCUAUUAGAUUUGGUAUUUUAUUAAAAAGAUAAAUAAAUAAAUAAAUAAAGCGUCAGUGUGGCGUCAGUAUGCGGUCGAAAACUGACUCCUGUGAUAAAGUCAAAUAGUGGUCCUAAUUGCGGACUUGACCGUAAAAAAUAAAAAAAAAAAAAAAAACUUCCACACCAUCUUGACGAAAAUAAACUUCGGCAUACGAUAGAUGUCUUACAAAUCUAGUGAAAUAUUAAAAUUUAAUAUUAUA